GUGCGGUGCGGUGCGGGCAGAGGGCUGCGGGCUCCUUCUCCUCGGGGGCGGCUCCGCCAUGGGGCGUCCGCCGCGGGGCUGCUGAGGCAGCGGGGGGCUCCAUGGGGGAGCGGAGGGCGACGUGCGCUGGGGCUGGGACGGGCCUGGGGCUGGGGCACCGCGCCGCCGCUGCCAUGCCAAGCAGCACUCCUGGCAUCUGUGCUGCAGAGCCAGCCAGUGUGACGCCUUGGCGUUUGUGACUUCACAGAAUCACAGAAUGUCUACGUUGGAAGAGACCUCAAGACCAUCGAGUGACAAACAAAGGCAACUCUGCAUUUCCUUCUUCAACACCCGCUUUCUUCACAAAAACAAAACAAAACAAAAAACACAGAACUUCAUCCCUCACACGGGACUCCCGAACUGAGCCUGCAGGGGCUGCCAAAGGCAGCAGCUCCUCAAGCACUGCUCGCACACGGCUCCCUACCACGGGCUCCAUCCAUCCCCCAGGAGCAAACUUGGUCAAACUAAGCCCCUUUGGAGAUAUUGGAUGGCAGGCCUUACCAAAUGCCGGACAAAGGAAAAGAUCUAACACAAGAAGGGCUGCCCCGUGCCAGGCACAGUGUAGUUCCAGGCACUUCCAACAGCCCCAGUGCAGGCAAGAGUGAGCCUGUGCGGGAUGAUGACAGCGCCUCUGGAGAAAUGUCCGGCAGAGGGCUGCCACGAUGACAGAGCGGGCCUGGACUAGAGCAGCCCAGAGGUGUCUCCUGACCCCCACCUUGCUGUGAGCUGGUGUCUUGACGGGAGGCUGCCGGGAACAAGGAGGCUCCACAGCAAGCACUCAGGCUUUGUGACGUGGGGCGGCGUCAGGCCACAAGACCAUUGUGACACGGCAAGCGUCCCCAUGGUGACGGUGUGACUUAUAUGGCCCGAGCCCCCGUGGUGCUCACUCCCAGGAGUGCAGCGCCGUCAGGAGGCAGCAGCUGCCCUGGGUGCCUGUUUCUUUGUCUCUGUGAGAGGACAAAGGGAUGCCGAAGGAGCAAGAGGCGAAGGCCUGCUCCCAGCCCAACAAAGGGCUGCCGAGCAUGAAGAAGCACCACCAGGUGCGGGACAGGGAGGGAGGGAGAGGGCAGACACAGGAGAGAGAGUGCCAGGUGGCGGAGCAUGGUACCGGGGCGCGAGGCCUGGCCCUGAGUGUCUGCGGUCCAGGCCCAGGUUCUCGUGCCCCAGGGGUUUCUCUGGGGCAGAGCUGAGGCCUGGGAUGGCUGUGACUCGCGUGGGUCGGGCAGCACUCUGUCCGAAGGAUGUGGCACUGAGGUGGGGCUGGGUGUCCAGGCACCACAAGGGAUGCUGGUGGCAGCGCAGCCACCACCAUCCCACACCUCCUUCUCCCCACAGGUGCAACCCAAACCGCCACAGGCAGGACCGCUGUGCAGCCAGACUCCAUCCUUGUCCAUCCACGGGGUGAGGCUGCCACAGCUCCACUGCCCACAGAAGUCACAGGCCUCUAGGAAGAAGAGCACACAGACAGACAGCCUGAAGCUGAGGCAGGCACUGCCCGGCAGCAGUGCCACCGGUGAAUGGAGAGAUCCUCUACCAGCCUUGCCGCCUCUGCCAAGGCAGGCAGCGACACUGAGAACUACACAUCGGCAUUCAGUGGAAGCUUCAACUAUCCCCCGGCUGCCCAGUCUGUCAGUAGCAGGCUCCACCUCUUCUGUGCCAUGCAGAGACUGCAUCACGAGCACCAAGGCUGUCAGACUCCCCGAGGUCCUCAAGGACACGUGAGAAAAGAGCAAAUGGCAGCAACUGCCGAGAGCCGGGGGACAGCCCUGCAAGCCCCCGCAUCCAUUCUGGCGCCUCUGCAGGCCAGACCCCAGCAAGACAACAGGCCAACCCCAAGCCAUGCUGCAGCCAGGAGCCAAAGACCCAGGGUGCAGCUGAGGGUACAAAGGCACUACGCCCCUCCCAGCAGUGUGGCAACACCUGCAAGGACAGCCCAGGUGCCGGCCACCAAGACUGAAAAGAUGCCAGCAACACGGAGACGAAAAGAUGGCCAUGCUCGAGAGGACACAAGAGCUGCUGCUGGGAUCUCCAAGCCAGGAGGGAGGCAGCAGAAGGAAGCCACCUGGAACCUUCACUGGGACCCAGACGCAGCCCACCAGCAGGGGCCUGGCUCACCCCACAGCACUGGCAGAGAUUCUGCCAGAGAGGCAGUCAGCCCCGCACAGAGCGCAUCUCUUGCCAUGUCAGGGCCAACCAAUGCUGAGCCAGCAGAUUCUGCGCAGGUUGCAGGUCCUGCCAGUGAGGGGGACAAGAAUCCUAUGGGUGCAUCAGCACCCAGAGAUGCUAAAUCGCCUUCUCCCCUGGCUGCUGCUAUGCCCGGCCCUUCCACAAGCAGCCAGAAAAGACCGCCGACAUUGAAAGACCGGGUCAAGAUCAACUGGGAUAUCUAUGGGUGCUCCUCCUUUCGGCCAGCAAUGCAGAUCAUUCCGAGCGGGGAGAGGGAAGGCUGCCAGUUGUCCCGGUGGAACGAGUCCUGGCCGAGCAGCGUGAAGGUUCCGAGGUUGCGAAGGAUCUGGGCAGCAGACGACGGUGACACAGCUGACAGCACUGCAGCCAGUGCAUCGGGCAGGCAGGAGGUGGCAGUGAGGACUGCGGGCCAGCGCCUUCCCUACUUUUGCUCCACAACGAGUAAGACCAUUCUGCAGGACAUUCAGGAAGAGUGGGAAGAGAGCCCCAGGAUAGAAGCUGUGGCAGAAGCAGACGACGUCCUGCCCGGCACGUCUCCUGCCCCAUCUGGUGAGGCAGAUGCCAGGCCUUCAGCUGCUCCUAUGGCCGCAGUUCCUGGGCCCGAGGAGCUCCCCCCGGCCUGCAUGCCCAAAGAGGGAAAAGCUUCAGCCUCUCCCCUGGCUGCUGCUAUGCCCGGCCCUUCCACAAGCAGCCAGAAAAGACCGCCGACAUUGAAAGACCGGGUCAAGAUCAACUGGGAUAUCUAUGGGUGCUCCUCCUUUCGGCCAGCAAUGCAGAUCAUUCCGAGCGGGGAGAGGGAAGGCUGCCAGUUGUCCCGGUGGAACGAGUCCUGGCCGAGCAGCGUGAAGGUUCCGAGGUUGCGAAGGAUCUGGGCAGCAGACGACGGUGACACAGCUGACAGCACUGCAGCCAGUGCAUCGGGCAGGCAGGAGGUGGCAGUGAGGACUGCGGGCCAGCGCCUUCCCUACUUUUGCUCCACAACGAGUAAGACCAUUCUGCAGGACAUUCAGGAAGAGUGGGAAGAGAGCCCCAGGAUAGAAGCUGUGGCAGAAGCAGACGACGUCCUGCCCAGCACGUCUCCUGCCCCAUCUGGUGAGGCAGAUGCCAGGCCUUCAGCUGCUCCUAUGGCCGCAGUUCCUGGGCCCGAGGAGCUCCCCCCUGCCUGCAUGCCCAAAGAGGGAAAAGCUUCAGCCUCUCCCCUGGCUGCGCACCCUGUGUUGGAGGCCAGGACAGCACCUCUCACCCCAUCAGCAUGUGAGGAAGAAGAAGCAGCACCUUCUCCCCUGGCUGGGGGCCUUCUGCAAGAGGUAAGCAAGGUAUACCUUCCUCGUCCCACAGUCAUGGAAGCCACAGACCCCUGUCGGUGGGCCUCGAGGCCCCUCAUCCCUUAUCCAUCUGGCAUCGGGGGCAUCGGGGCCCGGAGCAUGGCCAAACAGUGGCCCACAGGGCUGUGGUUUUCUCUCCCCAUGCAGGUUUCCUCCGAGCAUAGAAGCAGUGCACAGUGUUCCUCACACUUCCAAUCGGUGCCAGAGGAAGGGCCAGGUAUGUCCUAAAGUAUGGAGCCAUCCCAGCCCACGGCACGGAGGCUGGCAGCACUCCACGCACAGGGUCCCUCCAUGUCCAACUGUCCCCUCCCCAAGGGAAAGCCUUGGUGGCGGGGGCAGGCAGGACCAUGCCCAGUUCCAUCCCAGCCCCUCACGUACAGCUCUCUGACCCCCACAGGCACCGCUGCCCUCCCGCACACUGUGGCUCGCUCGCAAUUGCCCCCCCUCUUCAGGAGAGCACUUCGGGCUCUCCGCAGGAGUUACUGCUUCAGCUGCAUCACAGAAGACCUAGAGCAACGUGAGGCUGACAGUACCAGGGAGCUCCCCACAGAUGGCAGCUUCAGUCCCGAGGACGGGGCUUCUGAAUAAAAUUGUUCAGGACUAUUUCAUA